AUGGCGCUGGAACUUCGAGUGCUGGUGGUGGUGGUGGUGGUGGUGGUGCUACAGGUGUGCGUGGCUGGCGGGCAGCGAGUGGGCGUGGUGAGGUUCCAGACGGGCGACGUAGCCACUACCGAGUCUAUGCUGGACACCGGCGUGGGUCACCUGCCCACUCUGCGCCAGGUGACAUUGUUGGUGCACCUGAGGCUGCGGCGCGUCACGUCCCACAUCCCGCUGCUCAACUACGCCGUGGAGGGAGCCAACGAGGAGCUGUUUGUGGAGCUGGUGCCCAAGAAGAAGGACAUGCACGUGCAGUGCUGUGGCGGGCUGAUCUCCAAGGCCUUCAAGUUCAAGCUUCGCAUGUUCCGCUGGCAGCACAUCUGUGUGUCAAUCAACCUGGACACCAGGAUCAUGCACGUCAUCUACGACAAGCUGGAGUACACAGUCAAGCUGGAGAUGCCCGGUCCGGAAAUGAGCUCAAGAACUCGCAUGGAGGUGGUGGGCGGCGGGCGUCUGGUGGUGGGACAGAAGCUGUACUCCAUGGACGGGGACUUCAUCGUGCUGGAGACCCUGGACGGUGAGGUGGGCGACUGGCGGCUGUACGACACUGCUCUCGACCUAGACCAGAUGAAGACAUUGCUCUCCUGCCGCGAGGUGACUGAUCUGCGCCCCCCGUUGAUAGAUCUGUCGAGUGGUCACUUCAAGGUCCUGGGGCCUACCACCAGACGCAACAUCACCUUGGCAGAGAUCUGCAGUGACCGCGUCACCGGCUUCUAUCUCUUCUUCCCCCAGAAGAUGAUCUUCAAACACGCCUACACCUGGUGCAUUAAACUGAAGGGCAACCUCAUCCUGCCGGAGGAUUCAGAAACCAACGCUUACUUCUUUGACCGCUUUGUGCGUUUCAAAGACCAGUGCGACGACAUCUGGACGCACCUCUUCUGGAUUGGCUCGGGCGGCAACCUGACCACGCGUGUCUGGGAGCGCCUGACGGACGGCGAGCCCAUACAGUGGUACCAGUUCCUGCGGGAGUACCGCACCGUCACACCAGAGUUCCAGUGCAUCGCCGUGGUCACGCACGACCGCUACAAGUGGGCGGCGUGUCCCUGUGACAUCGAGACCUGCGUGCUGUGCAACUUCACCACACACCCCGAGAUGCGGCUGCGUGGCCUCUGCAAGGACUCCGCCUUUGACAGACUUUUCUCCUUCCGUGACAGCGAGACCUAUGAAUUAGUCUUCGACGGCCUGGCCCACGUGAUGAUGGAGGAGCAAAACAACACAUGGAUUAUGCGCAGCCGCCUGUACCCCUACCUGAAGGCAGAGAUGAUCUCCCAGUGGGUGGGACAGUACCCAGUGGGUGUGCACACGUGGAUAAUUGAGGGGGACCGCUGCCGCCAGAAAGAGGUGGAGCUGCUGCUGACGUCUUGCCACGACGACGAGUACACCUGCAACGACGGCUCGUGCAUCAGGAAGGACCGCCGCUGCGACCUGAGCGUGGACUGCGCCGACCAGAGUGACGAGAUGGACUGCUCCGUGGUGGUGGUGCCCGACGGCUACUCCGCACAGCUGCCACCGCCCACCUACAAGGGCACGUCGCUGCCCAUCCUCUUCACCCUCAACAUCACCUCGGUCAGGACGUUUGAUCUGGUCUCCUUCACCAUCGGCAUCGACGUGUACAUCAAGAUGCAAUGGAGGGACCGUCGGCUGAAAUACAACAACCUGCUGUCCAAUAUGCGCGCCAACAAGCUGAGGAGGUGGCGGGAGGUUUGGACGCCGAUCCUGGAGAUGGAAGACGGAACGAAGAGCGCGGUGGAGAUCAAGACACACUCACAGGCGGCCUACGCGGUGCGGGCCACGGGACCUCUACCUGACGAUGACACCACCAUCAGAGAGGACAUAACCUACAGCGGCCUCGACAACCCUCUGGUGUUUCAGGAAGAGGCCACGCUUAUCUUCAAAUGUUACUUCGAGCUGAUGAUGUACCCGUUCGACCGGCAGAAGUGCUUCAUUGUGUUCAAGAUGAAGGACGUGACGGAGGAGCUCGGCAUGCUGGUCAAGGAGGGGCAGGGCGUCAACUUCGUGGGGUCGAGGCGCCUGCUGGAGUACACGCUUUACUCGGAGGCCUACAAAAACUAUACCAAGAACGAGAUUAGUCAUGUUGAGAUCGAGUUUCAGUUCAGGAAUCAGUACAGUUAUUACAUCAGCAACACUUUCCUGCCCAGCCUCAUUCAGGUCAUCAUCUCGUUGGUAACACUGCGCUUCGACCUCGCCGACUUCCAGGACCGCAUCAUGGUAUCCUUAACCUCACUACUCGUGCUGGCGACCUUCUUCACCCAGACCAGCCAGAGCAUCCCCAAGACCUCCUACCUCAAGCUUAUAGACGUGUGGUUUGUGGGACUCAUCUUCGGAGACUUCUGUAUGAUCCUUUCUCUCGUCUAUGUGGAGACUCUGAGGCUGAAGGAGACCCAGGGGAGGGGGAUCAAGGUCACGCCCUUCAUCGCCAUCAGUGACAAGAAGUCUGCGUCCUACAUGGAGUCCAGGGCGGCUAGGAUUAAUAGAUUGUUUAUCAAGCUGUUCUCCGUGUCUAUUUUGUUGAUGCUCAUGUGUUUUGUCCCCACGUGUAUGUAUGCCAUCCUGGAGCCCUGAGAGAGAGAGAGAGAGAGAGAGAGAGAGAGAGAGAGAGAGAGACGUGAGGUUUGAAAUAAGUGACUAACGGUCGAGGCAGAAAGGGAGAGAAACAGGCCCGUAUUCAGAAACGCUCCGCUCGCUCUCUCUCUCUCUCUCUCUCUCUCUCUCUCUCUCUCUCUCACCCCGAAUAUUUUGCAAGGCCACAGAGAUGGUCAGUCCAGUUCUCAAGAGUGUUUCUCCUGGUAAUCAUAUGGAAAUCUUGCUCACCUCCCAAUAUUACCACAAAUUCAGGAGUAUUGGUGUAUAGAGAGAAGUUAGUGUAUUGGUGUGUAUUAUUGUAGUAGUAUGUUGUGAAAAGGAGAGGAGGAGGAGAGAAUUAAGUAAAGUGUAUUAUGUAAAUGUUUUCCUUCUUUCCUUAUCGUUAGGUGAGAUGUAAUUUAUUAUAGAGUGUUUCCUGGUUUUCAUAUUAAGUAUUUCAUGGUAAACUUAAACUACAGUGUAAAAAAAAAGAAAUG